AUGUCUCCUGUAAUGCAGAUGACCUCCCAGCAUGGCCCGUACACGCCUAGGUCGGACACCAUUGAUCGGCACGACUAUGGGAUUACCAAGAACAGGAAGCCAGCCUCAACAGGGGGCGGACGAGCAUGGAGCGAGGAUGAGGAAGCUUACCUGCUCCAAACGCGCAUGCAAAAAAUGCCAUAUAAACAUAUUGCGGCCUACUUGAAAAAGACAGAGCUCGCAUGCCGACUACACUACCACCAACUCAGUCACGGCAGCAACCGCCGCAAGCGCACCACCUCCUUAUCAUCAGGAUCUUCCGUGAGCGGACACUCGCCAGUUCUCCAUACCUCGAUUACCUCGCCGAUCCACGAGCACGUCGGCGCUCACAGCCGAUCCGUCACCCCCCCCGACUCAACAUACGGCAACACGAGCCCGAACGGUAUCCAACUGCCAAGCAUCAUGUCAGCAACCGCGACAAACAGCGCCUCGCCUCGCCUACCUACCAUCCUCCCGAAGCCCGCAUCCAUGAGCCUAGCCCUGGGGUCCCUCAGCGGCCCAGGAUCGACCGGCACCGGAUCCCCGACCAUCUCCCGCGGCUAUCCCACGCCUCUCCACGACCUUCACCACUCCCACACCAUGCCCCCCAUGACCUCCACCGGCUACCAACACCCUCCCACCCGCAGCCACAGCACCACCAUCACCGGCCCGCACCCCCACGGCCACACCCACCCCCACGGCCCCAUCGCCCUCCGACUCGACUGCUCCGCCCUCCCACCCCCGGUAUCCUCCACCGCCUCCCCACCCUCCUCCUCAACCACCUCCCCAUCCCGCACCCUCCCCGGCCCACCCUCAACCUCCACCGCCACCAGCUUCCUCGGCCCCGCCAGUCACCCAGUCGACAUGAGCCGGCUCACAGCUGUGUACAACGCCCACCGCGCCUCCUUCUGGGCUGCUGUCGCGACUGACUACGGUCCGGGUGCCAAUCCCGUGGUGCUGGAACAUGCUUGGCGCGGUAGCAGCAGUGCGCUUCCUGGCGGUCCCGCGACCGGUGGUGCCGCCCAUGUGGGCGUUGCUGCGCAUACGCCUAUUACGCCUGUGGGGAGUCCGGAGGAUAAGGUUUAUUCUGUUGGUGGUGGUGGACAGCAUCGUGGUCAGCAGGGUCAUCCGGCUCACCAGAACCAGAAUCAGCGCCAGCAACAGUACGGCAAACCGGAUAAGACGCGGAUUAGUGCGAUUCUGGGGAUUGAUGCCAACCCGCGGAGCCCGAGUGAGAGGGAGUUGGUGAGGAGGAUUGAGGAGGAGAGAGGGGCUGUGGGGAUGGGUGUGGCUUGA